ACAAUUUCACACACCUUCAUAUACAACAGGCUAUGCCUUUAGGACUCAUCACACCAGAAACGUCACUACCUCUACAAAAAAAGAAGCAACGGCACAACUCCAUCAUAAAAUAAUUAAAGAAGUGUAUCAUGAAAUAUGGAAACCAAGCCGCACCAUAACGCAACAACAAGAAUUUUCAGGUGGAUUCAUCAAUAUAUCAUAG